AUGAAGCUUCUUGGGUCGGUUCUCGUCGGAAGCGCGUACUCCUCGUCGUGCGGAUCAUCCUAUCCUGAGCUUCAGAAUUGCAAUUGCUACAGCACAGUCGUCGAUUGUUCCAACAAGGGACUGAAGGCUAUUCCUGGAAGCUUUCCUCGCGGAAAAACUCGACUGGACUUGUCUUACAAUAAUAUUAACUAUGUCAAUGAAUUGCCCGACGAGCUCGAAGACCUCGUUGAUUUGAACCUGAGUCAUAACAAUAUCCGCGAGAUCCACUUUGACGCCUUUGAUGGACUUGAUAAUCUCGAGAACCUGAACUUGGCAUACAACCAGCUCAACGAAAUCGAGGACGAUAUCUUCCAGUGGAAUCCCGUUCAUUUGAAGACGCUCGACUUGUCGAACAACAAAUUCGAAUUUAUCCAGCACUUUCUCUUCUAUGAUCUCCAGGAGAUCCAAGAAAUUAACCUUUCGGACAAUGAUUUAUUCUUCGUUCAUCCCCACGCCUUUGACGAGCUCAAAAGACUACGAACACUCAAUUUGGCGAACAACAAGCUUACCGAGUUCAAGUCAAAAUGGUUUACAAGCAUUAUCGAUGAUAAUCUGCAAGAAGUCAUGCUCGACGGAAAUCCAUGGGCGUGCGACUGUGAUCUUCAAAACGAAAAGAACUUUCUACAGAACCCAACAAUCAAGAGGAUGAUGACAAGUUUUCUUGAAAGAGGAGGCUCAUCACUCAAAUGCAACAACAAAGAUGACACUCACAACCUAGGAAUGGACAUGUUCAACUGGAGCAGUUUGUCAAGCAAACUUACUCCGUGCACGCCACCAAAGAUUACUGGAAUCUCAAAGUCAUCAACAGUUGAUGCAGGCAAAAUGCUCCUCCUAAAGUGCCUCGCCGAAGGAGUUCCGCAACCAAAGAUCGAGUGGAAAGCUCCAAACGGAGAUGUCUACCGGCUUCAAUCCGAAGACUUUGAAGGCAUCACAGUUCACCAGGACGGCGCGCUUCUUAUCGAAGAUCUUCGAAAGGCUGAUCAAGGUAUCUACCGCUGCGUAGCAACGAAUUCUGCUGGGUCGAUGGAGGCUUCUACAAAAAUUACAGUCACUGGUUCAUCACCUUUCGAUGACAAUGAUAGAGAUGACUACGACGAAGACGACCUUGAUGAAGAUGGAUGGGAGUACGACCGUGAUGACAACGAGUGGAAGAAGACACGUGAUGAUUACGAAUGGAUCGACGGUGGAAUGGAAAAGAACGGACAGCGACUAGAUAGUAACGACUAUCACUUGCCCGGUAUCAACAAUGAGGACUUUGAAUUCGACAAUGACUAUCGAAUUGACAUCGACUCGGAUUGUCCUGCGAACUGCGAGUGUAGCUCCUCCACCGUGGAUUGCUCAGACGCUGAAAACGUCGGAGAUAGCGGAAGAGCACUCACCAAGAUUCCGAUCAUCAAAUCCCACUACACUCAUCUGGACAUGACUUUGAACAAAGUCCCAGAGAUCGAGAAAGGCCUCUGCCGUAAGAUGAAACAGAUUCGAGAGCUGAAAGUGGACUCGAAUAGAAUCAAAAAUAUCGAAAACGGCGCGUUCUCGGACUGUGGCGACUUGAGAAUUCUAACAAUGAGAGACAAUCGACUCGAUGAGCUCAGAGCCCAGAUGUUUGACGGCUUGGACAAUGUUCAAAUCCUCGUUCUGGAUCAUAACUUCCUCAAGACUAUUCCAAGCUACGCCUUCCAAGGAAUGGACAAUCUCGAAUAUUUGUACCUGAAGAACAACAAGAUCGAAAAGAUUGAGAGCCAAGCUUUCUAUGGCCUGAAGAAGCUCAAGUUUAUUCACCUCGAAGACAACAAGCUCGAUCAUCUGGACAUGGACUGGGUCAAAGAAGCUGUCACGAACACGAAAUUGGAGAGGAUUUUCAUCGAUGGAAACAACCUCGUUUGCGACACGAGAUUGAAGCCGUUCAAGGACCACUUUGAAAACAGCAAGACCAGCUCUAAAAUUUACAACGUCUUCCAGCCAACUGAGUUGAAGUGUUCCUCACCACCAGAGCUUAUUGGAAAGACUCUGAACACGAUUAACUACAAUGAACUGGUUGUUGUUACGCCGAUCGAGGGUGGCAGUUCCGGUGGACCCGGAUUCAUGUUUGGCGGAGUUUUCCUUGGCGCAGUUCUCGCAGUUUUGGGCUUUAUCGGAUGGAGACAGUGGAACAGACGGAACUCGAUGAAGGGCGGAUAUGGAUACUCCUAUACGGACAUCUCGACCCAAGGCGACUCGGAACACCGAGCUCUGACGUCGAACCAGGACUCCGAAGCCUUCAUCUAA